AUGGCUCGGGUAACAACAUUAUCAUUCUCCUUGUCUAUGUUGAUGAUUUUUUUAAUAACUGGUCCUAAUGUUUCACUCAUCUCCAAGCUGAUUUCUGAUCUCAACAAGUCCUUCUCUUUAAAGGACUUAGGACCGGUUCAUUAUUUCCUUGGUGUGGAGAUUCAUCGAGAUCAUUCAGGCAUGUAUUUGUCACAAACAAAGUAUAUCACUGAUUUACUUGUUCGUCUCAACAUGCAAGGAUCCAAACCUUGCUCUAACCCUACAAGUUCAUCUCUUAAGCUAUCUCUUACUGAAGGAGAACCUAUUGGUGAUCAUACACUUUAUAGAAGUACAUUGGGUGCCUUACAAUACCUAACUCUCACAAGACCGGAUGUAGCAUUCAUUAUCAAUAAACUUAGCCAGUUUAUUCAUGCUCCCACAACUCUACAUUUGGAAGCCUGCAAGCAACUUAUGCGGUAUCUCAAAGGCACUAUUCAUCAUGGUUUACAUAUCACACCAACCCCGUCUUUAACUUUAGAAGGUUAUUCUGAUGCCGAUUGGGCAUCAUGUGUUGAUGACAGACGUAGCACCGGGGGUUAUGUGAUGUUUUUUGGGGGUAAUCUUGUGUCUUGGUCUGCCAAGAAACAACAAGUUGUGGCUCGGUCCAGUAGUGAGAGUGAGUUCAGGGCUUUAGCAAAUGCAGCUGCUGAAAUCAAGUGGUUGGUCUCACUUAUUUCAGAGUUACACAUUACUUCUCCUCAUUGUCCAAUUUUAUGGGUGGACAACCAAAGUGCAGCUGCUAUUGCUGCAAAUCCAGUCUUCCAUGCACGUUCAAAACAUAUUGAGAUCGACUUACACUUUGUUAGAGACCUCAUCCUCUCUAAACAAAUCUCCGUUCGCUAUGUACCAGCUAUAGACCAAGUUGCAGAUGCCUUAACAAAGCCCAUGUCAACAGAUCGGUUGAUGCCGAGUUCACCAAGAAGGGAACUUAUCCACACUGUUUUAGUUGCAACAGAGGCUAGAGCUCGAUAUCCAGAUUCAGUGCUGGAUCAAGCUACAACUUUUUGUUUUCUUGAACUCCAGUCUAUUAGGUUUCCACCAAGAAAUAGACAGAAUCCACUUGUGGAUUUUCGAUCAUCAAGGCUAGAUGCCCAAUCGGUAUCUGAAUAUGCUUCCAAAUUGAGUAAUGUGGAUGGCUUGAAGUGA